GCGGCGCGCGGAGGGCUCCGGGCGCGCCUCCAUUUAAAGGGGCCGCCGCCGCCGCGCGCUCCUCGGGGGCUCCGGCAGCGCCUGCGGCGGGGACGGGCGCGGCGGGGCGAGCGCUGUGGCGGAGUCGGGGCGCCGGCAGUUGUCAGGCAUUUCUGAAUGGAUUCCAGUGAAUUUCCUGGCUCUCUGGGGCCUCUGUCUCUGCGCAACAAGCCACUGAUUGGGGAUCUCCCUGCAGAACUGGAGUUUGGAGAGAAUCUGCUGGCCUCCCAGACAGCCUCCAUUCCACAAGCAUCGACUCUCCAGUCCCAAGAGAUGGAGUGGGAGGUGCCUAAGCAAGCAACUUCGGAUGGCAGCUUGGACCUCGGUGUGGUGAAAACAGGCGACCUGUCCAGCCUAAGCAACUCAGACAGUUUGGCCCUUGGUAAGUCCAGCACUUUGGAUAUUCUGGAGAAGCCUGGCCUUUUGGAUCGCUUGAGCAAAGGAGAUGACCAGGAGGUGCUAGAUAAGUCGGAGGACCUUGAUGGCUUAUACAAGGCACAUGGAUCUGUGGACCCAGAGAAUGGGACCGAAGACCCUUCUGUGCCGGCAACCGAAGCCCUGGUGACUGAAGCUUUGAAAGAAGAAGGGGUGUCCACAGCAGGCAUGGAGGGCCUCGAGGAGAACCCAGCAAGGCACGCAGGCUGUCCUCCAAACAGCUCCGCUGAGGACUCCCCUGAGGUGGUGGAGGUGAGCAGCCUGCCGCCUCCACAAGAAGCAGCAGCCUCACCCGGCAGCUCCCCGGCAAGCCCACGGCUGGCUAAGAGACCCCGGUUGAAGUCUCCCAGAAAGAGCUCCCUGGGGCCGAAGGAGGAAGUUUUGACCUCCACGGAGGAUGGAAAGGAGCCCCCUCCAAACAGCGCUCCUGAGUCUGCGCCGCCUCUGCCCGAGGUAGCAGAGGGAGGCCUAACUGCAGCCAAGAAGGAAAGUGGCCCCAAAGAAGCUGCAAAAGCCCGAGAAACAGAGCCCCCGCCCUCCCUUGCAGGGGAAGGUGCUGGUGCGAAGGGGACCGAGGAGCCACCUGUUGAAAGGGAGCAGAAGAGGAGCGAGCGAGCCAGGAGAGCAGAGGUAUCUCGGCCAGAAACAGUCAACUCUUCUGAGAGCAUCCCUGUCUCUGAUGAGGACUCGGAUGCCAUGGUAGACGACCCGAACGACGAGGACUUUGUCCCCUUCCGCACCCGGCGCACCACCCGCAUGUCUCUGCGCAACCAGAUGGCCCAGCGGGCUGCCCGCUCCACCGUCACCAAGAUGACCUGUGCCAACUGCCGCACGCCGCUGCAGAAGGGCCAGACAGCCUACCAGCGCAAGGGGCUCCCCCAGCUCUUCUGCUCCAGCUCCUGCCUCACCACCUUCUCCAAGCGCCCCCUCAGCAGGAAGAGUUGUACCUUCUGCAAAAAGGAGGUUUGGAACGCCAAGGACUCGGUCGUGGCCCAGAUCGGCUCGGGCAGCUCUUUUCAUGAGUUCUGCACCUCCGUCUGCCUCUCGCUGUAUGAAGCGCAGCAGCAGCGGCCAGCCCCACCGGCAGCCGAAACCUCAGACCCCGCCCGGUGCAGCGUGUGCUACAAGACGGGGGAGAUCCAGCACGAGGUGAGUAACGGCAGCGUGGUGCACCGCAUCUGCAGCGACGCCUGCUUCACUAAGUUCCGGGCCACCAAAGGGCUAAAGACCAACUGCUGCGACAGCUGCGGCCUUUACCUGUACAACAAGGGGCUGCCCUUGGAGUACCUCCUUCACGAGGGGCAGCAGAAGCGCUUCUGCAACGCCACCUGCCUCAGCAACUACAAGAAGAAGAACACCCGGGUCUACCCGUGCAUAUGGUGCAAGACGCUCUGCAAGAACUUCGACAUGCUGUCCCACAAAGACCGGAAUGGCAAGAUGGGUCUCUUCUGCUCUGUCUGCUGCACCACUUCGUAUAAAGUCAAGCAGGCAGGACUGACAGGACCUGUCCGGCCCUGCAGUUUUUGCCGGAAGAGCCUGUCUGAGCCCUGCUAUUACAACAAGAAUAAGCAGGUGGUGUACCAGUUCUGCAGCCCCAGCUGCUGGACCAAAUUCCAGCGCUCCAGCCCGGAAGGUGGAAUCCACUUGACCUGCCAUUCCUGCCACAACCUCUUCACUGGGAAGCCCGAGAUCCUGGAUUGGCAGGACAAGGUCUUCCAGUUCUGCUGCCGGGACUGCUGCGAGGACUUCAAGCGGCUGCGCGGGGUGGUGUCCCAGUGUGAGCACUGCAAGCAGGAGAAGCUGCUGCAUGAGAAGAUCCGCUUCUCGGGCGUGGAGAAGAAUUUUUGCAGCGAAGGGUGUGUGCUUCUUUACAAACAGGAUUUCACCAAGAACCUGGGCCUCUGCUGCAUCACCUGCACGUACUGCUCCCAGACCUGCCAGCGAGCUGUCACCGAGCAGCUGGAGGGCAGCACCUGGGACUUUUGCAGUGACGACUGCAAAAGCAAAUACCUGCUCUGGUACUACAAGGCAGCUCGGUGCCACGCUUGCAAGCGGCAGGGGAAGCUGUUGGAAACGAUUCACUGGCGAGGUCAAAUCAAGCAUUUCUGCAACCAGCAGUGUCUGUUGAGGUUUUACAACCAGCAGAAUCAGCCCAACCUGGACACCCAGAAAGGGCCCGAGAGUCUGCUGAACAGUCAGACCCCAGAGCCAAAGCUGCCCUCUGCCACUGCUCAGAAAGCAGAGCCCAGUGUGGGGACUGCCAAGACCACCACCCCCUCCCCGGCACCGGCGCCCCCCCCGCCUCCUCAGCCAGUCACCCCCCGGAAGAACAAGGCUGCCAUGUGCAAGCCACUCAUGCAGAACCGAGGGGUUUCAUGCAAGAUAGAGACGAAGUCCAGGGGGUGCCAGACAGAGGAUGACUGGAAGCCUCAGGUGAUUGUGCUGCCGAUCCCAGUGCCAGUCUUCGUGCCUGUGCCCAUGAACAUGUACUGCCAGAAAGUCCCGGUGCCUUUCUCCAUGCCGGUCCCAGUUCCUGUGCCAAUGUUUCUGCCCACCACCCUGGAGAGUACGGAGAAAAUUGUGGAAACCAUUGAGGAGCUGAAGGUGAAAAUCCCUUCCAACCCGCUGGAAGCAGACAUCCUGGCCAUGGCGGAGAUGAUUGCGGAGGCCGAAGAGUUGGACAAGGCCUCCUCUGACCUGUGCGACCUGGUGAGUAACCAGAGUGCAGAAGGCCUCCUGGAGGACUGCGACCUCUUUGGGCCAGCCAGAGAUGAUGUGCUGGCCAUGGCAGUCAAGAUGGCAAAUGUCCUGGAUGAGCCGGGUCAGGAUUUGGAGGCUGACUUCCCUAAAAACCCCUUGGACAUCAAUCCCAGUGUGGACUUCCUCUUCGACUGCGGCCUGGUGGGCCCCGAUGAUGUUUCUGCCGAUCAAGACUUGCCCCGCUCAGUUCGCAAGGGCCAAAAGCGCCUGGUGCUCUCGGAGAGCUGCUCGCGGGACUCGAUGACCAGCCAGCCCAGCUGCACAGCCCUCAACUACUCCUACGGGGUGAACGCCUGGAAGAGCUGGGUGCAGGCCAAGUACGCAGGGGGUGAAACCAGCAAGGGUGACGAGCUGCGCUUUGGCCCCAAGCCCAUGCGGAUCAAGGAAGACAUCCUGGCCUGCACAGCUGCUGAGCUCAACUACGGCCUGGCCCAGUUCGUCAAGGAGAUCACCCGGCCCAACGGGGAGCGCUAUGAGCCGGACAGCAUCUACUACCUGUGCCUGGGAAUACAGCAGUACCUGUUGGAGAACAACCGCAUGGUCAACAUCUUCACGGACCUCUAUUAUCUGACGUUUGUGCAAGAACUCAACAAGAUGCUGAGCGGCUGGCAGCCCACAGUCCUGCCCAACAGUGCUGUUUUCUCCCGCGUGGAAGAGGAGCAUCUCUGGGAGUGCAAGCAGCUGGGCGUCUAUUCCCCCUUCGUGCUCCUCAACACCCUGAUGUUCUUCAACACCAAGUUCUUUGGGCUUCAGACAGCCGAGGAGCACAUGCAGCUCUCUUUCACCAACGUGGUGCGGCAGUCCCGCAAAUGCGCCACGCCACGGGGUUCCGCCAAGGUCGUAAGCAUCCGCUACUAUGCCCCCGCGCGGCACCGGAAGGGGCGAGAGAGCAGCCUUGGCAAGCGGAGGCGGGAGGAGGAGACGCCGGUCUUGGAGCAGCGAGAGAACCGCAUGAACCCCUUGCGCUGCCCCGUCAAGUUCUACGAGUUCUAUCUCUCCAAAUGCCCUGAGAGCCUCCGCAGCCGCAACGAUGUCUUCUACUUGCAGCCUGAGCGCUCCUGCAUCGCGGAGUCCCCUCUCUGGUACUCGGUCAUCCCCAUGGACAAAAGCAUGCUUGAAAGCAUGCUGAACCGCAUCCUGGCCGUCCGCGAGAUCUACGAGGAGCACAGCCGCGGGGGCAGCAGCGGCCUGGAUGACGACAUGGACUGACCCAGGCCGCUGCCGCCGUGGGAGAAGGUGUGCUCCAGUGCUGCUGCCCCCCCGGCUGCGGGGACCAGAGGGUGGCUCGCCCAGCAGUCCUUCCCUUUCCAGGCGGAUGGGCACCGAGGACUUUGCCUUUGCCUCUUCCGUCCUGGCAAAUGGUCUCCUGGUGCCUCUGUCCUCCCCACGCUUCUUGGGGGCCCCUGCUUGGCUGGCCUCAUCUCCUGGCCCCUCGCUCCAGGCUGGCAGGGAAGGGUGUUGCAGGCUGCUGCUUGACUCGGGAGGGGGCCUUCCCUGGGGGGGCGAAGGUUGGUCCGAGAGCCCUGGGGCUCGGCCUGGUUCCGGUUGUGGGAAGGGGGCGGCUGGCUCUGAGGGGCCCGUUCCCUCGCGUGGGGUGUUGCUGGCCCCCUCCCCAUAGAGGGCAGCCCACACCUUCCGCUGGCGUCUGGCCCUGGCCUGCUCCUCUUCCGGGGGCAGAGGCUGCCAAGCACCGGAUAACCCUUCCCCGUCUGUGUGUGUGGCAUUGAACUCUGAGCUAUGGCUGGUAAUGGUGGUACCGUUUGUGGAGCCUGUAUAUAUAUUGUUCUGGCCCAGCCCCCGCAGUGUCCUCGUCACCAGUGAGCCAGUCGCGGGCCUCGUUGUCGCGUCGUGAUAUACUGGGCGUUAGGGCCGCUCCCUGCCCUUCCUGCGUCUCUCUGGAAACCAUUCAUUUCAAAUAAAGGCACAAAACCUC